CAAAAACUUAUAAAAACUUGUACUACUUAUAACAUAAAUACAACAAACAUAGUUGGCCAUCAUCAACUUGCUAAUAAUAUCAAUGAAACUAUUUGCAGUCUCAUUCUAACUACAGAUGCUGAAAUAGACCUUCUAGCAAUCAAUACAAUUAACAGAUCCCAAUUACAAACAAACCAAACUGAAGAUAUAAAACAAAUCUACCAGCACGCCUACAUAUCAAACACACACGCAUCUAAAACACAAUAUCCACUUCAAGGUUUAACUUUACCGCAUGCUACAAUUUGGUUAGAUAAACAAAUCUUUGCUUAUGAACAAGCCUAUGUAGCAAUUAGUCAAACAAAAUCACUAUCAUCAUUAGAUAUUCGUGCAUUAGACAAAUUUGCUAUAUGA